AUGUCUUACAACAACGAUAACGAUCGCUCCUACGGCUCUGGAGGCAACGACUCCUACGGCUCGUCCAACCGCGGCGGUGAUUCGUAUGGUUCGUCGGACAACAAUGACUCGUACGGCUCGUCUGGAAACAACGACUCCUAUGGCUCGUCUAACCGUAACGACAAAACCUCUGGCUCUUCUGGCCGCGAUGGUAACGACUCCUACCGCUCGUCUUCAAACAACGACUCCUACGGCUCAUCUGGUAACAACCAGUCCUACGGCUCGUCUGGAAACAACGACUCCUACGGCUCAUCUAACAACGACUCCUACGGCUCGUCCAACCGUGACGACAACACCUCUGGCUCUUCUGGCCGCGGUGGUAACGACUCCUAUGGCUCGUCUUCAAACAACGACUCCUACGGCUCAUCUGGUAACAACCAGUCCUACGGCUCGUCCAGCAACAACGACAACACCUAUGGCUCUUCUAGCCGCGGUGGUAACGACUCCUACGGCUCGUCCGGUAACAACGACUCCUACGGCUCGUCCGGUAACAACGACUCCUACGGCUCGUCCAACCGUGACGACAACACCUCUGGCUCUUCUGGCCGCGGUGGUAACGACUCCUAUGGCUCGUCUGGAAACAACGACUCCUACGGCUCUUCGGGCCGCAGUGGUAACGACUCCUACGGCUCCUCCGGCGGUAAUGACACCUAUGGCUCGUCUGGCAACGACUCCUACGGCUCGUCCCGCAGCGGCGGUGAUAGUACCGUCGGAAAGCUCAUGGAAAAGGCUGGCGACCUUCUUGGAAAUGACAGCUUGCAGGAGCGCGGUCAGGAGAGACGCGAGCGGAACAACAAUGAUGACUAUUAA